AUGGCGGAGGCCGUAGUAGUGCCGCGCUCGUUCCGGCUACUGGACGAAUUGGAGAAGGGCCAGAAGGGUCAGGUUGCAGAAGGUGUCUCGUUCGGCUUGGAGGAAGCGGAUGACAUUUCGCUAACAAAGUGGUCAGGCACCAUCUUCGGCCCCCCUGGAACGGCGUUCGAAAACAGAAUUUAUUCCGUCAGCAUCAACUGCGGUCCGAGCUAUCCUGAUGAGCCACCUGAGGUUUGCUUUCGAACUCGCAUCAACAUGCACUCUGUGGACCCAACUGGAGUGGUCCUGCGUAGCAGUUUCCCGUUGCUGCGGUCCUGGCAGCGACAUUACACUUUGGAUCUCCUUUUAACGGCGCUGCGCCAGGAAAUGGCUGCUCCAGCGAACCGACGCCUUCCACAGCCACCUGAAGGAGACAUGUACUGA